AAAACUGAAAUACAGAUUGGGUCUGUACUAUUUACACGAUGUGCUCUUCAUUUAAAAAUUUGGAGAAUGUUUCUCCUGGACCAUCACCAACACCAUCAAAGUCUUGGAUCUCAGCUUUCUCAAAAGAACUACUGGUGUUUUGUGUUGUUGUCGCAUUUCUUGCAUUUGGGAUUCAGAUCAACAGUAGCGAUCAACAAAUACAACACUUGAACAAUACAGUGCAACAUCCUGGCGAUCCACUCCGGAUACUUUUAGUUGGAAAAACAGGUGUGGGAAAGAGCGCAACAGGCAACACCAUCAUUGGACAAGACGUUUUUAAGUCAGAGAUUUCAUCUUCCUCUGUGACUGGACAUUGUGAAAAGUUUCACACAGUUAUUAACGGCAGAAAAGUGUCCGUCAUUGACUCUCCGGGUCUGUUUGACACCAGCUUACCUGUGCAUGAAGUGGUCAACAGAAUUAAACUCUGCAUUCCUCUCUCAGCUCCAGGUCCACAUGUGUUUUUAGUUGUGAUUCAGCUUGGCAGAUUCACUGAUGAAGAAGAAGAAGCUGUGAAAAUCAUCCAAGCAGCCUUUGGUGAAGAAUCCUCCAUAUACACCAUGGCUCUGUUCACUCAUGGAGAUCGAUUGGAGGGGAAAAACAUUCACACGUUUGUGCGGGACAGUCCAAAACUGCUCAGCUUCAUCAGAACCUGCAAAGGACGAUAUCAUGUGUUUAAUAAUAAAGAGAAAAAUCCAGAGCAAGUCAUUCAGCUGCUUGAGCAGAUUGAUAAAAUGGUAACUGGAAAUGGUGGUCAACACUACACCAGUGAGAUGCUGGAAAAGGUAGAGAGAGCGAUUGAGAAAGAGAAACGGCGCAUUCUGAGGGAGAUGGAGGAGCAGAGACAGAAGGAGAUCGCAGCUCUGAGGGAACAACUUGAAGAUGAGGCCUAUGAAAAAGCACUGCAAACACUAAACAGUAAAUAUGAGCAGGUCGCAAGAUACAAAGCAGAAAUUGACUUCCCAGCAAUACUCCAUGUGGUCACCACUUUAAUUAACGCAUUAAGCAAAUUCUUUUUUUGAGCAACACAAAUGCUGACCAUGUGAGGCUAUAAAAAAAGAGAACAGUUUUUAAAUUCUCUAUUUUAUAAAGGUUUACAAAUCAAGUACGUGCUUAUACUGUAAAUCCUGGUGAGUUUGACAUAUGAAAGUUUAAUAAUAUGGUGAAGAAAUGUAGGUACAAGUGAAAUGUGUCCAAACCUGAAACUAUAUAAACUCUUAAAUCAGGGAA